AUUAUGGUGGAAGGCAGUUCUGUAUUGUAUAAGUCUGUGGUGGUAGCUGGAUAUGCCCUUUCAUCAAUUGGGAUUAUGUUUGUUAAUAAGGUUAUUCUCACUUCUAACAAGUUUCCGUCGCCUAUUUUUUUAGCCGCUUCUCAGAUGUUUAUGACAUUUGCUGUUCUGCUUGCAUUUUCUAUUUGCGGGCUUAUCAUUCCAUUUUCGUGUAUUUAUGCAAUUGAUGUCACAAUGGGCCUAGCUGGAACUGGUGCGAUUAGUCUGCCAUUGUUCUCCGCCCUGCGACGCAUAUCUAAUUUUUUCAUAUUAAAGCGACAUAGUAUUUUGACGCAUGCGGCGCUUGUCACAAUGGUGUUAGGUAUCGGUGAUAUAAACUUUGAUCUGAAAGGAUACACAUUUGUUUUCAUUAACAAUUUUUCGACAGCUGCUAAGGGUCUUUUGACGAAAUCACGACUGUCAAAGUAUAAUUACUCAAGUGUAACAUUACUGUUUUACAAUUCGCUAUUUAUGUACCCUUUCUUGGCUGUCCUUACUAUCGCAACUGGCAAGCUUCAACCGGUUCUGGAAUUUCCAUUGUGGGAUGACGCCCUUUUCGUGGCUGGAUUUUUGUUUUCAUGUUUGGCAGCUGUUACUUUGCAGUUUUUAACCUUUGAAUGUACUCGCCUUACAUCAGCUCUUACUACUAGCGUUGUUGGCGUUAUGAAGGUACGCAGCUUUCCAUAA